AUGGACCCGAAUCUUGCCAUUGUCCACGGCUCCAAAGAGCCCGCCUUAUGGUCAAAAACAUUGGGCAGCUUUAUCGACGAGCAAGCCACUUUAUUCGGCGGACGACCAUGUGUCGUCUUUCCAUGGCAAUCAGUCCGGCUGUCUUACGGCCAAUUAGCCGAUCGCAGCAAGGUGCUUGCCAAGGCCAUGCUCGAAAUGGGUCUUCGGCAUGGAGACUGUGUUGGAAUCAUGGCCGGUAAUUGUUACCAAUACAUCGAGGUGUUUCUUGGCGGUGCUCGAAUUGGAUGUCCCGUUGUUGUAUUGAAUAAUACAUAUACACCCGGUGAGCUGCAGAAUGCAACAGGAAGAAGUGGUAAGUCACGAAAUGUCCAAUGGUCCGCUACAUUCUCUGAUAGUGUUGAAGCGUGCAAGCUUGUCUUUAUCGCCUCUUCUAUUGGCAACCGGGACUUAUCCGGCCAUAUCAAAGCUUUGCGAGGGAAUACUGCUCAGAACUCUGUUUUACCGGAGCUACGGCGAGUAGUUUGCCUUGGGAAUUGCGGCCACGAGCUCGGUGGCGUUGAAAUACAGUCGUAUAGUACUUUCACGUCCAAUGGGCAUUCCGUGUUUAUGAAUGAUCGUGUCCUCAAGAGGGCAGAGGAUGCCGUUACUCCUGAAGAUGUGCUGAAUCUUCAAUUCACUUCUGGUACCACCGGUUCUCCCAAGGCAGCCAUGUUGACACACAACAACCUACUCAAUGACGCUCGCUUCGUUGGCGACGCUAUGGCACUCACACCCGAGGAUGUGAUAUGCUGCCCGCCCCCUCUCUUCCACUGCUUCGGCCUAGUCCUCGGCUUCCUCGCCUCAUUCACCCACGGCAGCUCCAUUGUCUUCCCAUCCGACUUCUUCGACGUACAACGCGUCGUGAACGCCAUAGUCGAUGAAGACGCCACAGUCCUCCUCGGUGUCCCAACAAUGUACGUCUCCGAACUAGAGGUCAUGGCGAAAACAGGCCAGCGGCCUCGCCGACUCCGCACCGGUCUAGCCUCCGGAUCUGCCGUCUCACAGGGCCUCAUGAACGAAUUGCGCGCCACGAUGGGCGUGGAAAAGAUGCUUAUUGCGUAUGGAAUGACUGAAACGAGUCCCGUGACAUUCAUCACUGCGUUAAGCGACUCGGAUGAGAAGGGGACUACGACUGUUGGGCGGGUUGUGCCGCAUACGGCGGCGAAGGUCAUUGGCAAGGAUGGUAAGAUUUUGCGGCGAGGGGAGAGGGGGGAGCUUUGUACGAGUGGGUUUGCUUUGCAGAAGGGGUAUUUUGGGAACAAGGAGAAGACGAAGGAGGUUAUGAGGAGGGAUGAGGAUGGGCUGUUGUGGAUGCAUACGGGAGAUGAGGCGUUGUUGGAUAAGGAUGGGUAUGCACAGAUUACGGGGCGGAUUAAGGAUAUGAUUAUUCGAGGAGGAGAGAACAUCUUCCCAAGAGAAAUCGAAGAACGCGUCAUGAUGCACCCUGCUAUUAGCGAGGCCAGCGUUGUUGGCAUCAAGGACGAGAGAUAUGGUGAAGUCGUGGGAUGCUUCCUCAAGGGAGUCGAGGGGUCUUCAAGAAUCUCCGAGGCGGAGGUCAAGCAAUGGGUUGGACAACAGAUGGGCCGUCACAAGACGCCACAGUAUAUUUUUUGGAUUGGCGAUGCUGGGAUUGGGAUGGAUUUCCCUAAGACGGGUAGCGGAAAGCAUCAGAAGCAUAUCCUUCGGGAUAUUGGAAAUAGGGUGGUUGGACAGAGUAAAGUCAAGGCCAGGCUAUAG